AUGCUCACCACCCGGCGCAAAGAAUACCACGCCUCCCAUAUGCAACGCAUCCAUGAGCGCGCUUCCUACUACUACAAUGCGCGCCCCCACCCCUCCGAAAUCGCCGCCGCAGAGGCAGAAUUGAAGCGCGGGAUUGACGAUGACUGGAAAGCGAGCGUCCAGCGGUAUCCCGAAGUCCUAGAAUACUUUUACGGGCUAGUGGAUCUGAACCUACCGGGGGAUGACGAGACCUGUGUGAGGGACCCUCCACUAAGUGCGUUGGGGGGUGUAGGAAGUGGGAGGGAGAGGAAGGUUAGGCUGAGGGAGCCAGUAGUGGAGAGGGAGAUGAAUAGGGAGAGGGAGAGGAGGAGUAUGGGAAGAAGAGAGAGGGAUAGGGAACGGGAAAGGCCGGUUGCCCCGCCCCCUCCGCCCCUGAGGGUUCCUAGCAGACCGGCUACAGCGUUUGCGCCGGGGACGGGAUAUAGUUAUGGCCCUCCUGGCUAUUGA